CGAGGAAAUCCAAAUCAGCACAAGUAUGCUCCUGCGCAGGCACUAAUUGCCUCAGCGACACUGUUAACAUGCGGUGGCGGCAUACACUUCUUGGGCCAGGAGGACCAGAAGGACGAGGUCGGCGGAAGGAGGCCUUGGGGUUCUUUCAUCGAUAGAAGGCUCUUAUGCUCAAGCCCCUCGAUAGCGAGAGGCUCCACGUCCGUAUACGGUAAUUACAGAGACGGGAAAAAUAUUACAACAAACACAUCAUCUGUUGGAAAUCUUCAUAAGCGACUACUCCACCAACUCCUUUCGCGAACAAAUACAUCAAUUGAAUUCAGCCGCCUCUUUUUUAGAACAAAAACACAGUCAAGAAGUACAAGAAUUGGAUUCAUCGCCGGCAAAACAAGAGGCAGAGAAGUCGCAUGCGAGCUAAAGUAUGCUGGACAAACCUGUGAGUUCCAAGAGGGGACGAUUCAUAGGUUAGAAUUUCCGCAAACGAACUAUGAGUCUACUGUCGUCUCCAUCGCAAGAGUCGGGGGAAGGAUAUUUAUGUGAUAUGGUCUAGGUGAAGAUAUUAGUCGUGAAGAUAUACAAAGCACUCUUAAAAACUACAAGGCUUUUGUUCCUCUGAACAAGGCUUUUGUUCUUCUGGAACACUGCGUGCUCAUCUAAGAUAAACUGCGUGGGUGCAAGCUGUAGUCACUACUCAGCGCCACUCUACCAUGGCGUCGUGGAUGCGGGGCUACAAGAGGCGCCGUCGGGUGGGGGUAAAAUUAUGACUGGCGUCAAUAUCAAUCUCAAUCACUAUCUUCAGGAGUGAGAUGAAUGAAAAUACAGCAUUUACGCAUACGGGCUACAUGAGCUGAAGGUGGAUUAUAGGGGAAAAACUGUAGGCAAAAAGACCUCCGCCUAGUAAUUUAGCAGCAGGCACAUCAAAGAGACCGCACUCUAAGUAGAGUAGAGAAGCAGCCGCAACCCCCACAGUGACUUGUCCCUGGCACGAUGCGGCGUUCGACUUGCGAACCGGUCGCCCCGUCAGAGGCCCCGUUCUCGACGCCAUCCCGGUCUACAAAGUCGUACUGGAUAAAGGCUCAGUGUACGUGGACAUCCCAACAUUGAAUGAGCCUGAUUUUGUCCUACCGAAAAUGGUCAGGAAGUCUGAACAAGUGGAAGCGACGUCGAGAACCUCAAGAAGUUUAACACCAAGCAGAG